CCCUCUGCAAACAGUCACAUUCAAGAGCUCAAGCCAAAGAGACACUCGAGCGGACCAGCACCAGCAGCAGCAGCAGCAUCAACCAAAGCAGCAAAAGCAAAGGCAGCAGCAGCAAAAGCAGCAGCCCAGCACAACCUCAGUGCUCCAGCUCCCAGCUUCAGACUUCAGUGGCCAACAGCCAGCUAGAUAUUCACGUUCGUGCGUCGGUUUUUUGUGGCCGCUCGGUGCGGCAGACAACAAAAAAAAAAGAAAUAAAGAAAAGAAAUAGAAUCGAAGUAUCAUAACAAGAAAAAUAUAUAUAUUUUAUAUGAUCAUCCCGCACAAAUAAUUAAAUCACAGUGUUUACAUACAGAGCUUAGAAGCCAAGAACCUUCCAGCCAACAACAAGUGACAAGUGCCCAAGUGCUCUCGAUAAAAUGCCAGAAAUAUGCAAAUCCAUUGAGGCAGUGAUAGUGCACUGAAAACAAAUUUGAUCGCAAUCGAAUCAAAGCCACGUUUAAAAGACCUCUUUUUUGAUUUUCGUUUUGAAUAACGCGUCCCUGAACGCGUUGCCUUUUCCAUCGAUCCACCAGAGGGCAGCGCGUCCGAAAGCCGGCAACAUAACGGCGCAACUAUUGAAUAGCUUUCUGAAGGGUAGCCCCCACCAGACCACCAUUGACAUCAUGCAGAAGCUCUACGCGGAGCCGCCUCCGAGCAGUGCUCCGGUGAGCAUGGCCAGUUCGGGUGGCCCUCCGUCGGGCGGCGGCGGAGGAGGAGGCGGUGGUGGUCCUCCACCGCCCAGCAAUAACAACCCAAAUCCGACUAGCAACGGCGGCAGCAUGAGUCCUUUGGCCCGAUCUGCCUACACAAUGAACAGCAUGGGCCUGCCGGUGGGCGGUAUGUCCUCUGUUUCUCCCCAAGCGGCGGCCACCUUUAGCUCCAGCGUCUUGGACUCGGCGGCAGCAGUGGCCAGUAUGAGUGCCAGCAUGAGCGCCAGCAUGAAUGCCAGCAUGAACGGGAGCAUGGGUGCAGCGGCCAUGAACUCAAUGGGCGGCAACUGUAUGACCCCCAGUUCGAUGAGCUAUGCCAGCAUGGGAUCUCCGCUCGGGAAUAUGGGUGGCUGCAUGGCCAUGUCGGCAGCCAGCAUGUCGGCGGCGGGAUUGAGCGGUACCUAUGGUGCUAUGCCGCCGGGAUCGCGGGAAAUGGAAACAGGUUCCCCAAAUUCCCUGGGCCGAUCACGAGUGGACAAGCCAACCACGUAUAGGAGAAGCUAUACACAUGCUAAACCACCAUAUAGCUAUAUCUCACUGAUCACCAUGGCCAUUCAGAAUAACCCCACCAGGAUGCUGACGCUCUCGGAGAUCUAUCAGUUCAUCAUGGAUCUGUUUCCGUUCUACAGGCAGAAUCAGCAACGCUGGCAAAACUCCAUUCGCCACUCGCUAAGUUUCAACGAUUGCUUCGUGAAGAUCCCACGGACACCAGACAAGCCGGGAAAGGGUUCCUUCUGGACUCUGCACCCGGAUUCGGGAAAUAUGUUCGAGAAUGGAUGCUAUCUGAGGCGACAGAAGCGUUUCAAGGACGAGAAGAAGGAGGCCAUCAGGCAGCUGCACAAGAGUCCAUCCCACAGCAGUCUGGAAGCCACCAGUCCGGGCAAGAAGGAUCAUGAGGACUCUCACCAUAUGCACCACCACCACCACAGUCGGCUGGAUCACCAUCAGCACCACAAGGAGGCGGGUGGAGCAUCGAUUGCCGGAGUAAAUGUCUUGAGUGCGGCGCACAGCAAGGAUGCCGAGGCACUGGCCAUGCUGCAUGCCAAUGCGGAACUGUGCCUCAGCCAACAGCCGCAACAUGUGCCCACCCAUCACCACCACCAGCACCAUCAACUGCAGCAGGAGGAGCUGUCGGCGAUGAUGGCCAACCGGUGUCAUCCGUCUCUGAUCAGCGACUAUCAUUCAUCGAUGCAUCCGCUGAAGCAGGAACCCUCGGGAUACACGCCAUCCAGCCACCCGUUCUCCAUCAACCGCCUGCUGCCCACGGAGUCGAAGGCGGACAUCAAGAUGUACGACAUGAGCCAGUAUGCCGGCUACAACGCCCUCAGUCCGCUGACCAACUCACACGCUGCCUUAGGUCAGGACUCAUACUACCAGAGUCUUGGAUAUCAUGCGCCCGCCGGAACCACGAGCUUGUGACAUCACCAAUACCCGCUGGCUUAAGGACGCGCGGAGCAGAUGCUGCGCUCGCAGCAGCAACAGCACUUGCAGCAGCAGCACCAGCAACACCAGCAGCAACAGCAGCAGCAGCAGCAACAGCAGCAGCAUCAACUGCAACAUCAGCAGCAGGCGGCGCAGCAACUGACAUCCGCUUCCAAUACACCAGCAACAUCAGCAGCAAAGGCCAGCGGCAAGGCGGGAUCGGGAUCCGGAUCGGGAUCGGGAUCAGGAUCAGGAUCGGGUUCGGGUUCAGGAUCGGGAUCUAAUUACUCACACACAAAGUUGCAUCAACAACACCAACAGCAACAGCAGCAGGCACAGCAGCAACACCACCAGCAGCAGCAACAGUUGCUGCAGGAACUGCAGGAGGACUCCUCGAAUAUCACCAGCGAUCUGAGCGAGGAGCAACUGCAGCAACAUCAGGCGGCGCAGCAGCAGUUGUACAACAACUACCAGCAAUAUGCCGCGGCGGCAGGCUAUAGAAAUUGGAAUCACAGCCUGACUUUCAAUGGGGCCGCCGCCCUGCAGAAUCUGCUGUAGCUAUAGCUGUAGAUCUCGAACUCGACAGGCAGCGGCUUUGUUGCCGGUUGCCUGCCAAUUAGCGAGUGCAGUGCCAGUGGCUUUUAGCACCUGGCCGCAUCCGCAUCCUUUGAGCACGUGAGUCUUCGGCCGCAACUCGCACUUGUACAUAUACCUAUAUAGAGACCCGAUCGAGAGCGCUGCCUUUUGAGUUGUUCAGUUCAGUUCCAAUACUAUAUAUAUUCUGUUCCGGGGGGUUAUCAAAUCGGAGGAGAAAGAAAAAGUGAUGUAGUUGUAAGUGCAGCAGAACUUUUGUUAACAUUUUUACGUUUUGCUAACACAAAUACAAAAUAAUAAUUCCGUGCCAUUUGUUUUCGUUGUUUCGAAACAAGCAAUAACAAUCAAAGCGGUUAAAACUAAAAAUUUAUAAACAUUUUAAAUGUAUCCAAGAUGGAGGAGUAGAGAGAUAGCUAGAGACAGUGAGAGCGAGAGAGGGGAUCGUGUGUAAUGUUGUUUCAGAAAACAAAACCCUAACUAAAAAACAGUCCCAAAAAGAGAGAUACAAAUACUAAAUAUCCUUUAUCCAAAGGCAAUCGCAAUCGCAAUCGCAAUCGAAUUCGAAUCGCAAAUGAUCAAAACCAAAAAGAAAUCUAAAGCCCAAAUCAUCAUAUUGAGCAGUCCAGCAAACACCCUAAGAAUCUUCAAACUAUCUAAGCAACAAAAAUCUGGCCAUGCAUAAGGAAACGUCACGUUUUUAAUUGACUAAUUUAUCAAAAUCCCAUUUAUAUAUAUAGACGCGCAUCGAUAUACGCCGAUUCCGCUGAUAUCGCAAAAUCCCGCAUUUCAUUUACAUUAUGUGUCUUCUGUUGUUGUACGAAUUCGUUAGGCUAAGGCAUUUUGUAAAUAAUAUAUAAAUAGAUACCGUUAAGCAACACCCUACCCCCCUCCACAAAAAAAAAUAAGAAGCCCCAACUUAACUAAGCAACCAAUUUUUAACUAACUCGAGAAUUAAUCAAAUUGUAUGAAAUUAUGCCACACCACUUGAAAGUAAACAUAAAAUAAAUAUAAAUAUUGUAUAGCAUUUAACAUUUAAUUAGCAUAAAUAACGAAAAAGCAAAACACAAAACACAAAACCUAAAAAAAAAC